UUCCUUCUCGAUGUGGUCUUGACAGAAUGCCGCCGCCUCAUUUAUCCCAAUAUUCCCCUCUGCACACCGGGAGAAGCUUCAUCUGCUACCGGGAUGUUAACAGGGCCAUCGAGAAGCACAGGGAGAUCUACGGGCUGCGGCUGGUGCUCAAAAAGGCCGUCAAGCUUGAAAACUACUGCCUCACCGUUGACCAGAUGCGGGACCUCAAUUUCCGUCUUAAAUAUGGCCAGCUUGAUUACCAGUGCUCGGUGGACAACGGGAGACCUGGCAGACCUGGGAACGAUGAGCGGUGUCCAAGGCUGGUCCGGCUACGGUUGAGUCCUGAUGCCCGCACGCUGGUGGUAUACGACACCCACGUCCACGACACCCCACCCAAACCCUUCCCCGGGGUGACGCAAGUGCUGCCCCCCACACCCAAGGGCCUCUCCCCACCAUGCCCCGUGCCCGAGCCCAUCACCGUCCUCUCCCCCCCCAGCCUGGUGUCCAUGUCCCAGGUGCAGGAGACGCCCCCACAGCAAUCCACCCCCAUCUCCACCCUCUCCCCCACACCCAUCUACAGCAGCCCCCACCUCUCCAUCACCCCCAUAGAGAGCCCCCACACCCCUAUCGACACCCACCACACCCCUAACUCCUCCCUCUCCAGCCAUGAGAAGAUCACCGUCAAGCUCAAGAAGUCGCAGUUCUCGCCCAAUGAGAUGGUGGUGGUGGGCAGCGCCAGGCACGCCCAGGAACAGCUUGAGCUCAGGAACUCCCCCGAGAAGACACCAGGCACCCCGGGCGGCUUUGCGUCCCCCGAUAAGGUGAUGGCCAGGCAGCAUGAGCAGCAGGUGGCCAGGCAGCAGCACCAAGCACUAGCCAGGCAGCAGCACCAAGCAAUAGCUAGGCAACAGCACCAAGCACUAGCCAGACAGCAGCAGCAGGUGGCCCACAGGUACCCUGACGGCUCCUACACUGUGUCUAAGGUGGUGCGACGGUCCCCGGUGCGCCCCGAGAAGACCGGCACCUCCCCCUCAGAGCGACCCCCCGGCAGGCCCCUCAACAAGCAGCCCAUGGCCCGUGGGGAGAAGGUGGCCCGAGCCCCCCUGCGCCUCCCACCCCCUGGCAGGUCUGGGGACAAGGUGGGGGCCAGACUGGGGGCCACCGCCUACAGCAAUGGGACCUCACACACCAAUGGGGUUCGUGCCCUGCCCACCAAGAGGGUCCCCAAGAAGAAGAGAGCCAAGCAGACCGACCCCUCCUUUGACCUCUCCAUGCUGACCCCUCUGGACACUGAGCUCGGUGUCAGUGAAAAGCAGCAGCUGGCGCAUGGUGUGUUGCUGCGUCUGCUCCGCGUCACCAGCCAGCUGCCGAUGAUACAGUUCAGCCAUGCCCUCGACACUCUGGAGACCCUCACCGACGCCUACAAGCUGGAGCAGCGCGUCAACCUCACCAUCAGCCACGACCAUGAGGAAGAGUCUGAGAUGUACCCCCAUGACUCCUACGAGGUGGUGGAUCUGGAGGGGGAGGAGGUGGAGGAGGAGGGGAGCAGCGGAGGGGCCAGCGACGGCUACCAGUACGACGACACCGUUUCCUCCACCACCUACGACCACCGCCUGGCCAUCACGCAGGUGGACGGGGCGUGUGACGAGCUGGAUGCCGCCUGGGUGGGGAGAGGUGGCGGGGAGAAACGUCCUGUGAGUGGGUGGUGCGAGGGCGGAGAGGAGGAGGAGGAGGAGGUGGAGAGGUGUCAAAGCUUAUCCUCACAGUUGACUCAGGGAUGGAAGGUGGCCAGGAGUUCUCACUAGGGUCUUACUGCAUGGCGUCGGAGAGUACCGUACAUAACAUGGCUCACCUCCCGCCUGUUUAGUAUUAUCAGGACGUGCAGAGGAGGUUUGCAUAAGGAGAAGUUUUUGUAAAGAGUUUAUAAAGUGCUAAAUGCUCCUCCUGUCUCAUCAUCAAGAUCAAGAUGGUUUUAGUGAUGGGUGAUUCUGCCUGAUUCCCGAGGGGCCAUGUAUCUGCUAAGGCUGCUACUGUUUGGGGUCGUGAGAGACAGAGUGCGUGGGGGACUGGGGGCAUGAUAGACUGGUCAGCCUCCGAUGUGGCUGUGCCCCCGUGGUGUCCCUAGUGGAGUAUUCUCAUGUCUGUGUUUCAUGUUGUUGCUGCGGAGGUGUGUCAGCUCUUACUGCCAUCAACACGAGUGGUCUCCUCUCAUAUUUUUAUACCUACUGUUGAACUGGCACGGAAGACUGUGUUGUAGCAGUAAGGCAGAAGCUGGCCAGUGUGUGUGUCUCGAAGGGUACCUGAUAAAGCCUGCAUGAGAGUUUUGUUCAGAAGGGCUGUCAGGGCUCCUUGAUGCACCACAGGAUCUUCCCUCAAGGCCCUGUUAUCCCUGGUGGCCCCACACACCCCUUAGAGCAAGUUCCAGCUACAGACAGUGUGCUAGAAAUGACUCGUCUGGGGAAGUUUGUGAGUAUAGAGGAUGUGUUAUAUAAUUAUGCAAUGUACAUUAAGAGGUUUUGGGUGGACUGGACGAUGAUGAUUGCCUGCGAUUUAUGUUGAGACUAAAACACUGUGACUAUUUUAUCCUCGUUGCAGGAUUUUUAGGGUCAAAGACACUGCCAUUGUUAUUCAUCUCGUGUGGUUCAGGAUGACAUCUUAGUGGUGAUAAGCUAACCUGCCAGACUGUCAAGGUGUUCAGCGUCACCACCACGAGUCACCUGUGAGUGCUGUGCUAUCAAGUAGAUGUGGGGGAUCAACUCCACCUAAAGUCUUCCAAAUAUGUCGAGGCCGGUCUGGCGUAGGCUCCCGCGGGUCCUUUCCUCCCCUCUGCUCCGCCACACAGUCCCAACACCUGUCUCUUCCUCUCAUAUGUAAGCUAUAGGUAACAUAUGAGAGGAAAAAAUAGGUGUUGGGACGGUGUGGCAGAGUAGAGGGGAGAAAUGGACCGGCGGGAGCCAGCGCCAAAACGGACUCGACAAUUUGGUUUCACUAUAAGUACAUCCAUCAUUGGGCAAUUAAUUAGUCCAGCGUUAUGAUCCAAAAUGAACAGGGUGGCUAGUAAUUAGUAUUGUUAUAGGACGAGGCAGAUAACUAUACUCUUUUCACUUAAGUCUGACCCAAGCUGACAACAUAAACCUAAGCGUGUUCGUAAGCACAGUGCAGAUUAGCAGAAAGUGCUGCGUGAGGUAAACACAAACAGAGGUUAACCCGGUAGCUGUGGAAUCAUGUUUCUUAAUGGUCCCUCUAAGCGAGAAAAAUGAGAAAAAAAUCAUCACUCACACAAACCAUUUCAUAACAUAUAUCAAAGCAUUUCUGAUCAGUGUAUGUAUCAUCUAUUUUGGGGGAUUUAUAUCAUGGCACAAAUUUGGCCCGUCACUGCUACACGGUAAAGCUACAAAUUUGGCUGUCGCUGCUACACGGUAAAGCUACAAAUUUAGCCCGUCGCUGCUCCACAGUAAAGCAACAAAUUUGGCCCGUCGCUGCUACACGGUAAAGCUACAAAUUUGGCCCGUCGCUGCUACACGGUAAAGCUACAAAUUUGGCCCGUCACUGCUACACGGUAAAGCCACAAAUUUGGCCCGUCGCUGCUACCGGGUUAAAGAAAACUUGGAAGCCACAGCAGUAGCCAAUCAGCACUCAGCUUGCAAACACGCCUAGGUUUAUGUUGUCAGCUUGGGUCGGAUUUAAGUGAACGGACUAUAAUUUGUAACUUAUUUCUUUUAACUUCUUUAUUUUUUAGGAGCCAGGAAGGAGAUGUACCGCUAGGAAUAUUAUGUUAAGAGGCGUCAGUAUCCUUAGUUGUGUACGGCUUGUUUGAGCGACUUGUGUAGUGGUACUUAAGUUAACCAGCACCAGGCCUGUCUCUCUCUCAGGUGUUUGAUCCAGAGCUACCAUGCUACCAUUCACCCCACGGCCCACACACCACACCCAGAGCUACAACACCACCACACACCACAACCAGAACAACCAUGCUACCAUUCACCCUACUACACACCCCAACCACACACCACAACCAGAACUACCAUGCUACCAUUCACCCCACAGCCCACACCACCACACACCACGACCAGAACUACCAUGCUACCAUUCACCCCACGGCACACACACCACAGCCUGACCCAGAGCUACCACACCACCAUACACCCCACCACACACUACAACCAGAGCUACCAUGCUACCAUUCACCCACGGUCCCUUUGACAGCUCCAGAAACAGUACAGCUCUUUGUCGAAUGUGUCAGAAUUUAUCACAAACUUUUUCACCGCAAGACGGAAGCUCUUCUGCCGUGGCCAUCCCCUGGUGGGAGCUCCUAGGGGCAGGCGUCGAUGAAAUGAUGAAUGAUGAUGAAGAUGUACAAUAUUAUUAGAACACAGCCACACUCAUACCCUCACAGUGAUGCCUAUUUUGUCUAUUUAACAGCUCCGGAAACAGUACAAUUCUCGGUCGAGUGUGUCAGAAUUUAUCACAAACUUUUUCACCGCAAAAUGUACAAAAUUUUUAGAACACAGCCACACCCAUACCCACAGUGAUGCCUAUUUUGUCCCUUUAACAGCUCCGGAAACAGUACAUCUCUUGGUCAAAUGUAUCAGAAUUUAUCACAAACUUUUUCACCGCAAAA